UCGGUCGUAAAGUGCGCACACUUCCGGUUCUCUCAGUUCGGCUAAGAGGGGAAUGGAUGACGGUGGCGCCCAGGACGUGGUGUCGGAGCUGGAGGGGAAGGAUGUGGGCGGCUGGGGGCUCCUGCAGAUCGCAGGGUGCACAGGGCUGGUGGCUUACUCGGUCUGGGCGCUGGUGCUGAUGCCCGGCUUCCGAAAAGUGCCGCUAAGAUUACAGGUGCCCUACGUGCCAGCCAGUGCCAAGCAAGUGGAGAACGUCAUGACGCUGCUGAGGGGGCGCGCAGGAAAGAUGGCGGACCUGGGCUCCGGGGACGGCAGAAUCGUGCUGGAGGCCGCCAGGAGGGGGUUCCAUCCUACCGUGGGGUACGAGCUGAACCCGUGGCUGGUGCGCCUGGCCUAUCUCUACGCCUGGAGGGCUGGAUACCACCGGCGGGUCACAUACUUACGAGAGGACCUGUGGAAGGUGAAGCUGCACGACUGUGACAACGUCUCCGUAUUUCUGGCCCCCAGCGUGCUCUCGCUGCUGGAGAACAAGAUGCUGGCGGAGCUGCCCAGCGGUGCCCGGGUGGUGGCUGGACGGUUCCCACUACCCACGUGGGUACCCAGUGACAUCAUCGGAGAGGGUGUAGACCGGGCCUGGGCCUACGAUAUUGGGACUGUACGGCAAGCUGUGAAGACCAAAGAGCCGGGCACCGAGGUGUGACCACGGAAGGGACAUUCACAUCCCGUCACUGUGUCCUCUUUGGGUCUGAACCUAGAAGGACUGUCAGUGGAAACCGUCAGCAAGCUUGUCGUCAUCAGAGCCGCCCUAUAACAUGGGGGCAGUGUGUACGAUCAGCAGGUUCUGGAGAGGAGGCUGGGAGAUUUCAGCUCUGACGUCUGCAGCACAGUGAAUGCAGCUCUGGAGUAUAACACAGGCUGUAAUGUAUUUUAUGAACUGCACAAUGAUCAUUUUAUUGCUAUUUAUGUAGGUUUUAGUUUUUUUUAGUUUUUCUGAUUUUACAAUGUGCGAUCAUUUUUAAAUUCUCUGAGAACCUAUCACUGAUAUCAUCAAUAAAUGGUUUAUUUUAAUGAAUUUUCAUAUUUUUUUUUUUUUAUCACUUCCUUUAAGCUGAAAGGUUUGUGACUUCUCUUCAGUUGUCCAGGCUUAAAAAAAUAAAUAAAUCAUGACAGCGCCACGCCUGUCCACAGGUCAAGUCUGGUAUUACAGCUCAUCCCCAUAGGCUUCAGUGAAGCCGAGCUGCCAUUCCAGACACAACCCACUCACAAGGGUGGCGCUGUUCCUGGAAGAAGAGAGUUUUCAGUUUUAUCCGUUUCUGGGAAAGCUGGGUGACCACUUAUUUAUCGCCCAUUAUAGUUGUCAGGUAAGUUGUCAGCCCUCCCAUUUGGAGCAUUUUCAAUUCUAUAACUGGCAGC